AGAUCAGUGCAAAUUUUGGAAUGGAUGGCUUGAUGUUUAUUGGAUAAGAAAUCUUGUGUAAAAUAUAAUUAUUGUAUUAUUUAAUGUCAUGUACAAUGUAUUUAAUUAAAAGUGACUCGCGAAGCUAAAAUGUGACUUCUUCAUAGAUUUAAGUAGGUUGAUCUGGAAUGAAGAUUAUUGCACUAGUCGAGGCUGCACCUGUUUCGUGAAUCUAUUAAACUGUAUAAUAGUAUGUGACGUGACAGGAAGCAAUCCAUCGAAAUUUAAUCAUCAAAUAAUAACACUUAAUUUGAUGAUAUUGGAGUAAAUAGUUUAAUCAAUCAUGGCUUCCAAAUUGAGCGCAGAAGGCAGAGCCAACGAAAGUUCAGCGAAGGAUAAAAAAUACAUUUCCGUUGCCGAAUUUUAUCAUGGUAGGAGUAUCUUCAUUACCGGAGGCACAGGCUUUAUGGGAAAGGUUCUCAUUGAAAAAUUGCUACGUUCUUGCCCAGGAAUAAAAAAUAUCUUCAUAUUGAUUCGUCCGAAACGAGGUCAAGAUAUAUCGUCCAGGUUGACGGAAAUCCUCAAUAGUCCGCUGUUCGACCGAAUCCGGAGUGAGAAUCCAGCCAACCUAAAAAAAGUCAUUCCAAUAAAUGGCGAUAUUACGUUAAAUGAACUUGGAAUAUCGGAAAUUGAUCAGAUAACGAUAUGUCAAGAAGUGUCCAUAGUAUUCCAUUCCGCUGCUACAGUUAAAUUUGAUGAAAAAAUCAAGCAAUCCGUUACGAUUAAUAUGGUAGGGACAAAACAAUUGAUGGAACUAUGUCACCGAAUGCUGUGCUUGGAUGCGUUGGUGCAUGUAUCGACAGCAUACUGUAAUUGCGAUAAAAAAGAGGUCACUGAAAUUAUAUACCCUCCACCAUACAAUCCGGACGAUAUUAUUCAACUGGUCAGAUGGUUCCCUGAGGAUAUACUGGAAAAGCUAACGCCAUCAUUGAUCGGUAACAGGCCAAAUAGCUACACAUUCACCAAGGCUAUGGCAGAACAUAUGCUGCUCAAAGAAGCAAAAGGCCUUCCUGUUUCGAUAGUUAGACCUUCCAUAGUUCUUUCCAGUUUCAAAGAACCAGUCAGUGGAUGGGUAGAUAACUUUAACGGUCCAACUGGUAUUGUCUCGGCUGUCAGCAAAGGUUUAUUCAGAACCAUAUUGUGUGAGGAAUCCUGCGUAGCGGAUUUGAUUCCUGUUGAUUUAGUCAUAAACCUCAUGAUAGUAACUGCUUGGUAUACUGCAUCUCGGAAAGGCGCAAACAAUAUCACAGUUUACAAUUGCACAAGUGGCAUUGAUAAUCCUAUAACCUGGGGAUCUUUUGUACGUAUGUGCAUAGAUAAUAUGAGAAAACACCCUGUCGAGGGCGUUCUGUGGUUUCCAACGGGGAACCUGCGUACCAAUAAAGCGUUGAAUUUGAUUCAUGGUUUUGUAGUACAUUUCAUUCCGGCUAUUCUAUUAGAUUUAAUUUCUAUCGCAACUGGACGAAAACCAAUUAUGAAGAUCGUUCAAAUGAAACUGGGUAAAGCCGCAACAUGUUUGCAAUAUUUUACUAAUGCUCAGUGGCGCUUCCGUAACGAUAAUGUAAAGCAUCUAUUGACUCAUCUGAGUUCCGAAGAUAGAAAUACAUUCCAAUUUGAUGUCGGCACGAUUGAUUGGCACGAGUACAUCGAAAAAUAUGUACUAGGCUUUCGCGAAUACUUGUUCAAACAAAAUCCUCUGUCUCUAGAAAAAUGUAGAAAUAAUAUGUACAAAUUGUAUAUUGUACAUCAGUUAUUCAAACUAGUAAUGAUCGGAUGCAUGUGGCGAUUUCUUCUGAAAAAAUCGGAUCGGUUACGUACUAUUUGGUCGAAGCUUCUAAAUGCUUUCGCACGAGUUAUCAACGUAUUAGCUCUUUUCUAAUAUUUUGUUCAUCUAGAAAAUGAGAGGGGGUUGCAACAUCUAUUUAAUUUAUUAGUCCAUAUGUAUAUUUAUUCCAAACAUGAGAAUUUAUCCGGGCAGAAGAUAACAUGCAUAAUACAACAAUACCAAGUGAA